ACAGACUGCUCAGUCUCAGCAGAGCCAGUAAGGCACACAGUGUAGAAUUACUGUGUCACACUGAAAACACACAAUCACUGCCUGCUGGACUUUCUUUUAUUCACUCCUUUAAUAAGAAGAAUCGAGGAAUCCAAGAAUCUAGGAAUUUCCUUAUUCCCUUAAGCGUCCCUCUUUGCGCCGAGGAGAUAAAGGUGCGAGGACAGGAACAGAACCCCGUACCUGGAGAGCGACGCAUGUAUUUGGAGGAUGAGUCCGGCUUUAAAGGCGCUGAUGGAGGGGUGUAGAUACCCAGGGAAAGGCCAGAAGAAAGGUGGAGUGAUGUUGGAACCUUUUGUUCAUCAGGUCGGAGGCCAUUCGUGUGUACUGCGCUUUGGGGAGCAGACCAUCUGCAAGCCACUAAUCCCUCGAGAACACCAGUUCUACAAGAGCCUGCCACCAGAGAUCCGCAGAUUCACACCUCAGUACAAAGGGGUGGUAUCAGUGAGCUUCGAGGAGGAUGAGGAAGGGAACCUGUGUUUGAUAGCGUACCCUUUGCACAGCGAUCCGUCUGACCAGGAGAACACGGAACCCUUAGCCGACGGAGAACCCAAGAGCAAGCUGCUGAAGUGGAGUAAGAAGAAGCCGUCGGCCCUGCUGGAGAACGAGAGAAUUAGACAGAGCCGCAAAGAGGAGAAGAGCAAAAGUAAUCGUGAGGAUAAAGCAGAGGUGCUGUACUACAGCCUGGAGAAAGGAAACAUGGCACCUCAGAUCAAACACAACCCCUGGAGCCUGCAGUGCCACCAACAGCAUCUGCAGAGGAUGAAAGAGAACUCCAAACACCGAAACCAGCAUAAGUUUAUUCUCCUGGAGAACCUGACAUGGCGCUAUCGGGUUCCUUGCGUUCUUGAUCUGAAAAUGGGAACCCGACAGCACGGUGACGACGCAUCAGAAGAGAAGAAGGCCAACCAAAUCCGCAAAUGCCAGCAGAGCACGUCCUCCUCAAUAGGAGUGCGGCUCUGUGGGAUGCAGGUGUAUCACAGUGUGACGGGGCAGCUGAUGUUUAUGAACAAGUACCACGGCCGCAAGUUGAGUCUGGCCGGCUUUAAAGAAGCCCUGUGUCAGUUCUUCAGCGACGGACGUGUCCUCCGCAGAGAACUCCUCUCUCCGGUUCUCCAUCGGCUCAAAGAGAUGCGAGCUGUCCUCGAAGCUUGCGAGAGCUACCGCUUUUUCUCCUCUUCGCUCCUUAUCAUCUACGAUGGAGCACCAGCGCCAGCGCAUGCCAGAUCUCGGCCGUCUCGUGGAGGAGAGGAGGAAGACGAAGAGGAGGAGGAUGAGGAUGAGGAGGAUGGAGCAUACGGUGGCCAUUCUCAGCAUAGGGAUUGUUCCGGCGGAUCAGGAUCGACAUCCCCGUUGGUGGAUGUGAGGAUGAUCGAUUUUGCUCACACGACGUGUCGUGAUUACGGCGAGGACGGCGUCGUGCACGAAGGCGGAGACAGCGGCUACAUCUUUGGCCUGCAGAAUCUCAUUAGCAUUCUGUCGCAGCUUGAGGAGCACAGCAAUGAUUAAAUGCAUAUAUGAUUAAACAUGUAAUUGGUGCACCGACCGCUAUGCUAGGCUUAUAGUGGAUACCCUGAUAAAGGUAACAGGGCUGAAGGCUAUGUUCCGAUCCCUCAGAGCUUUAAUCACGCCCCGAAGACGAGGCACCAGAGGGUCAAGGAAGGGUGGAAGGUCAAAUCCCAAAUGGCCUUCAGGAGCUGAUGGGACUGAACUGCUCACACUUUUGCUUGUUUUUUUUUGCAAAAUCUAGUGUGGUCCCUCUCUCCUCCAGUCAUUUCUACAUUCUUUCUGUGUGAUAGAAGGAUGGAGGCAGACCACCAUCUAGGGGUCUGGAAGAAGUCUUUAUCUGCUCUCACUCUGAAAUAGAAGAGAUCUGAGUAGGUUAUGAAAUCUAAACAAGAAAGAGACACUGUUCUCACACACAUUCAUACUUCGAAUGAUGUGGAUUUGUAGCAAAGCAAAAACGUCUUUUUUUUUAAUCUUGUUUGCACAAAAAAGAUAAGCCAUUAUGAUACAGACAAUUCACAGACAUCGAGGUGCUUUAUAAAUACCAUCAAGACCAAGAGAGAUUUAUACGUAAGGAAAGAAGAAAGGGAAGAGACUCUUAUUGAAAGGGAAUAAGAACUCAUAUGGGUGAUAAUUUAACGGACUGAUUUCAUCACAGACACUUUACAACACUUGUUUAUCUUCGCACUUCAUUCCAUAGUUCACUAGAUGUGAUAUGAGAUGCUAUAAAAGAACUUUAUUUAUUGAUGAGCAUAUUUCUAAGAUGAAUCUAAAAGGAUUAUAUGACAUUCCAUCCUACUGUACUGUCGUUUUAAUGUGAUAUUUAUAAGAAUCAAUCCUGGUUUUCACUGUGCUCUGUCUCUGUUCAACACUAUAUAACAGAAAUAAAGUCUUCGGUUGUACUAAA